AGGCUCUGGCUCCCAUUCUACUUUUUAAGACUCUAGGAACUACAAGUAGUCCCGCAUUUAGUGAGCGUAGCUCUCUAGUGGGGCAAUAUGGUACUACAACCUCCUUAAGAUAUGAUGGAGCAUCACCAAUCAAGGCUUUGUACGUUAAGAGAAGAAUUUUAAAAGUGAUUCUUGAUUUUACUGGGAGCCAGUGCAGAGCAGCUAGUGCAGGAGUGAUGUGAUCUCUUUUCUUAGUUUUAGUGAGAACACGAGCUGCAGCAUUCUGGAUCAACUGGAGGGACCUAAGAGACUUAUUAGAGCAGCACAAACAACACAACAAAAGCAGGGUUUAGUACUUUAGUUACGACGUGACAACGACAGAUGUGGCGACAAAGACGGGAGACAGCCGAGCGACCGCACAGGGCCGCGUGACAACGCCGUGUGUCGAGUCGAGGUCUUUUGUAUGAAAGAUCAAGCAUAUUGUUACACCCCCGCUGGGCGUUUGAACACGUUGGAGGUACAUUAUUAGUCGACGAUAGUAAUAAUGCACGUGCCACAAAUUUGGAAAUGUUUUCAUUAUUCAUCGCUUUGGGCUUCGGGACAUGGCGAUGAGCAUUUUUCACUAUUUAACGACAUUUUAUAGUAAAAUGAUAUAGAUUAAUAAGGAUUAUUUUCAUUAUCAAUCCUCUUCUUAUUUUCUUAAUUAAUCGUUUGGUCUGUCAUGUCAGGAAAAAGGUGAAAAAUACCACUCACGAGCUCUCUUUUUUUGUCCGACCAGCACUCCAGAAUCCAGUUAAAUCAUACAAAUAAAAAAAUAUGUAUUUUUAUAACAUAUUAUUCACAUGUAAAUAGCUCGAACUGGUGGAUUUGUGCUGUAAAUUACAAUGAAUAGAUAAUCAGAAGUGUUGCAUGUUACAUUCUGAGCGGUGUCUUUGUAUUUGAAUGUUUUGACUAACAUGGUAACGAAGACAGUCCACUGCACGUCCUCAUGUGUGACGUCAUAAUUUCAUCAGCACCACUUGUAUUCAUGAGAUUAUUCUUUUCACCCACAUCUGUCGGUGGCUCUUAGAACAAUGGUGAAACUAGGUUGGCUGCAUUUAAAAAAAUAAAUAUUUGUCUUCCUUUCCAAUCACACUUCAUCACGCUCUCUCUCUCUCUCCCAGUUGAUUGCGCGUCACCUCUGAUCACGUGACGAAGUAUAUCUGCGUCUCAAAAACCACGCGCAUUAAUCUAAACCGGUGAUUGUGUCGCGUCGCUUUUGUUUUAAAGCACGCGGGUGAUCAAUGCAAUCGGGGUGGACUGAAAUAGCCCACCGUACGGAGCCCGGGCAGCCAGCCCCAUCGGUCACGUGGUACAGGGCGCAGCGACGUCAUUAGGGCAGAGAUUUGUGAAGAAUAAGCAGACCGAAGGAAAGAGACCCGGAGGCGCGGCUCUCUCUCUCUCCUCUCUCUCCUCUCUCUCUUUCUCUCGCUCUCAGCUUUUGCAAUCGUUCCUGUUGGGUGUUUUUCUUUUCUUUUUCCCCUUUCCUGGGCAAAGAGAGAACAGACUAUCUGUUCAACAUUUCUAGACACCCAAAUGAACGGUCCCACCCAAGCCCUUUCCCCAAAUGGAGAGAAUAACAACGACAUCGUCCCGGACAACGGAACCAACAUCAUUCCGUACAGGAAAAACACAGUGCGGGGAGAGCGCGCCUACAGUUGGGGGAUGGCGGUCAACGUAUAUUCUACCUCAAUAACCCAGGAGACUAUGAGCAGGCAUGACAUCACUGCCUGGGUUAACGAUAUCCUCUGCCUCAACUACACGAAAGUGGAGCAGCUCUCCUCAGGAGCAGCGUAUUGCCAGUUCAUGGAUCUGCUCUUCCCCGGCUGCAUCAGUCUUAAGAAGGUGAAGUUUCAAGCCAAGUUGGAGCACGAGUACAUUCACAAUUUCAAACUGCUGCAGGCUUCCUUCAAACGGAUGAAUGUGGACAAGAUUAUCCCCGUAGAGAAACUGGUUAAGGGCAGAUUUCAGGACAAUCUCGACUUCAUCCAGUGGUUUAAGAAGUUCUUUGAUGCCAAUUAUGACGGUAAAGAGUACGACCCCAUGGCAGCCAGACAGGGUCAGGAUGCCAUUCCCCCGCCUGACCCCGGUGAGCAGAUCUUCAACCUGCCAAAGAAGUCCCACCAUGCUGCCAGCUCCCCGACGGCAGGUGCGUCACGGUCGAGCUCGACGACUCCCAAGAUCGCAACGCCAACGUCCAGACCUUCGUCGGCCAAAAAGAUCCCUCCGAUGGCGGCGCUGACUCCUGCCAAAGGAGAGAAGGAACUGGAAGAGCAGGUCACGCAUCUCACCGAGCAGAUGAACACAUUAAAGUCGGCACUGGAAGGCGUGGAGAAGGAGAGGGACUACUACUUCAGCAAGCUGCGCGAGGUGGAGGUGCUGUGCCAGGAUCAGGGUGAAGAAAGUGCCCUGUUUGUGGAUCAGCUGAUGGAGGUCCUCUACGCUUCAGACGAGCAGGAGGGAGCAGAGCUGGCUGAGGGAGACGGACAGGAAGUGGACAAGCAAGCCCACCAGGAGGCGCCAAAUCAUCCGCAGCAGGAGGAGCAGGAUGAAUACUGACUGCCUUCAUCCCUCACCGCAGUUACACCCUCCGUUUUAAAUAUGUGAGAACUGUUCAAGGAUUGACAUUUUUUUCUCUCAUGUUUUUUAUUUUUUUCCGUUCUCUCCGAGACUGAGCACAUGAAGCGACCUCCUGAACAGAAGCGCCGUCACAGGUUUCUUUUCUUUUUUGUAUCCCUCCUGCUCACUGGUCGAUGUUUUUUGUGACUUUUGGUGAACUGCUGUGGAAGCUUAGUGGCGACGACCUCCACCAGCGGAACAAGCUCAGACCAUCACAGAGGUUUCUAAAGGACUCCCACAGUAGACGUGAUGAAACGCUGACGUUUAGACGGGUAACUGUUACCCGUCAGUGCAAAGUGUUAACUUCCCAGCUUCUUUCCUUUUUUUCAUUUUGUUUUUUAUUUUGCAUAUCGACAAUAAUAAUCACAAGAACGCAAUAAGCAAAGCCCGGAAAGGGCUCGUAGUAGCUCUUAUUUAACCACCUUUCACAUGUUGCACUGACAUCUGACUCUGUAUAGGACAAUCUGUCCAUAAACCCCUCACCAUAUUUAUUAUUAUUAAGCCUGAGAAAUAGUGCGAGAUUCUGCAUUGCGUCCUCAUGAAGGAGGACAAUACAGUCAAUGAAUUGUGAAUAAAAUGUAGUAUAAUGUCAAGUUCCGACUGUUGGACAACCGUCCUCACAAAUUUUCACGAUUUCAGAUAAUCAGUGUGCUCAACGACGCGUUAUUCACACCAUACAAGGCGGUUUUGGUAAUUUAACCUGGUAUGCCAUAAACGUUAUUGUGGACUAGAUUUGUUACGAUGCAGCAUUUUACGUUUUAAACCUCAGCUGAAACUUGUGGUCUGUUCAGAUUUCAGAUGUUCUUUUGUUAUUUUUUUAAACCACAGGUCUUAGGGAGAGUCGGUUCACUGAGUAAUUGCCAUGCUAUAUUCCAGUUAGUACAUCGUAUUCCCUUUCUUUAUAUUGCAUUUACUAAUAUUGAACUGGGCAGUGCACCAUAAUGCUUUAGUUAUAUAUUAUUGUGUAAAUGAAAAAGAAUGUAAACAUGUACUGUCAAUAAUUAAGGAAUGGUAAAUGUUUUUGUUUUUUUCAUGUCCCACUCAUUAUGCAUUCCCCCAAAAAAUGUGUUGCAUGUUUGCAUUUUAUUUGUGAAUAACUUGACCUGCUUUUUACAUAUUUAAUAAAAAGAAAAAAAAGUAUGUUAAGUGAACUUUUUUUAUGUUUUAACCUGCUAUAUGGAAGAUGUUGAGAUUCGGAUGAAUUUGCUGUAAUAAAAUUACGUUUCGAGUCCA